GCUGAAGGCAGAAAAACGAAUAAAACAGCGUAGGCGGCGCGUGCCGACCCGAUCCUCCCACUCCUGGGAGACUGGCUGCCUGACUGGGAAGGGGUCUUCAGUUCUAAAGGCUGAUUGGACCCUGUGGAGUCUUCCUGAAGCUGCGUGGGCGCCCUUCCCAGGAGCACAGACCCCGUGUCCUCUGGGGAGUAGUGGAGUCAACAUCAGGACUGGUAGAACAUGACUUCUAUAAAGGAGCAGGCGGCAAUCAGCCGCCUCCUGAGUUUUCUGCAAGAGUGGGACAAUGCCGGCAAAGGCCUGAGAACACAGAUUCUUACCAAGUUCAUCGAAGCCAACGAAGGGAAGACUGGCCCUGAGCUGGAGCUGGAGUUUUCCCAGGGAGCCAGCUUGUUCCUCAUACGAUUGACCACCUGGCUUAGAAUCACCUAUAUGACUGGCUUGGAUCUAGAGAAGCUCCUGAGGUCCAUUGGCAUCUUCUUGUCUGCCGUGAGCAGCAAUCGGUACCUAAUAGAAUUUCUUGAGAUUGGAGGUGUCCUAACACUCUUGGAAAUACUUGGCCUAGAGAAAAUCAAGGAAGAGGACAAAAAGGAAUCCAUCAAACUACUUCAGAUUAUUGCAAAUACCGGCAGGAAGUACAAGGAACUCAUCUGUGAAAGCUACGGUGUGAGAGCCAUAGCAGAAUUUCUGGCAAAGUCUAAAUCAGAAGAGACCCAGGAGGAAGUGCAGAUUCUGCUGGAUGCUCUGGUCCAUGGUAACCCCAAGUACCAGAAUCAAGUAUAUAAAGGUCUCAUAGCUCUGCUGCCCUGUGGGUCCCCAAAAGCCCAGCAGCUGGCCAUGCAGACUCUCAGGACUGCCCAGGCAAUCAUUGGAGCGACGCACCCCAGCAUCGUGGACUGUGUGUUGAAGGUCCUGGGCACAAUGCACCUGGAGGUCCAGUACGAAGCCAUCGAGUUGAUAAAGGACCUGAUCCACUAUGACGUGCACUUGCCGCUGCUCAGAGGCCUUGUGGCACUGCUCAUCCCACCAGUCAAGGAAACGUCCAAACUGCAGGCCAAGAUCUUCACUGACUCUUCAGUUUUCCAGAUUACCACCCAGCUACCAGUGUUCCUGCAGCAGGCUGCAGCUGCCAAGACCAUCGGGAUCCUGGCACGCAGUGACUUGAAACUGGCAGAGGAGCUGCUGCACAUGCGCGUGGUCCACAGCCUCAUGACGGCCAUGGGCAACACCGACCACAGCAAUAGCCAGAGACUGGCCAGUCUCACACUAGAGUACUUUGUGCAGCUGUUCCCAUUGGUAGAGGAGCAUGUCCGCAAGGCCAUGGGAAAGGAACUCUACCAGCUCUUUCUUAGCAAUGCCGAGAUCUUGUACACAAAAAUAGACAGCAUUCAGGCGGACAUCUUGGCAGCCAACAAAGUCAAUGUUACCAAAGCCUUACACCUCUGUGAAGGCACCACCGCCAGCUGCCUCAACUUUUGCAUGGGCCCCGGAGAUUUGAACGAUGUGGAAUAUGUCACCCAUUUUGAGAAGCUCAAUUCAGAAUCCAAGGAGUGACAGAGUCCCUGUGGCAAACCAGGAGGCCAAGACUGUGCCUCGUGGAAGGCUGCCUGCCAGGAGGAGGCUUGAAGACAGUGCCACUCGGUUCUGGGUGGGAAACUGGGAGUUAGCAAAUGCAGGGGAAAAGGGGGAGCUGUUGCUGCAGAAGGGUCUA